AUAAUAAUUAUUGUUUAGUUAUCUGUGAUUCAUAUGGAAAGUUGUGUACUCUGUGUCUGGAGGAAGUUCUAUUCCAUAUGACAUUGUAGCCUGGGAUUGCUACCGGGAAAUCAAAGAGCAGUGAGAGCUGGUUUCUCGAUUACAGGAAAAUUGCAUCAGAAGAUGAUUGGCUUAGCCUGUUUCGUUACCGCACUACUAUCUACAUCUACGUCGUUCGCUGCUGCUGCCAAUCGUGUUGAUGAUAGUGACAUCAUCAACCCGAACUGGGUGAAGCCGGGCUGGAAGAACGAUGUUCAGGAUGGUGAACACCCGGUGGCGGUGGAGUGUCCUCCGGCAAAGGAAUGCAGGUGCCCCCCUGUUCCGGACUGCCCGGAAAGGGAAAAGGUAGAGUUGCCAGCAUCGCAUGAGCAGUACCGAAAUGCGUUUGUCGCCUACAGGAAGUUCUUCAGGAGGGUUUUCGACGAAGGGAAGUUUGAAAUGGACCUAGCGGAUCCGUCGUUCCAGGUGAGGAACAUUCAAUUCAGGAUAUCAGAACCACAGGCAAAAAGGUUAAAGGAAGUUCGUACAGUCGACGACAUUGAUGCGAUUGUGACGGAAAUUGUGGAACAAUCAGAAGGUAGCACUUAUUUUGCGAUGGCAGAGGGAAUGUGCCGUAGAUUGUUUCUCAUUUACGUCUCGGCGUUCGAGAGCACGUUUUUUCUUUACUGGGUGCUUCCGGCGUUAGUCAUGGCAGUCAUUUUUAUCAUAGGAAAAGUUUUUAAAGUAAAAUUGUGGAUUGUGGCCAUGUUACUAUGUAUUCAGAUAUCAUACGUGAUCACGUAUCAGGACUGUAAUAAUCGAAUGCAACUGAAUUCGCUGGCCAAGGUGUUGAAGAUGGAAAAAAUCGAAAAUCCCUGCGAAAACAUCCAUUUAACAUCAACCUGGUACGGAAAGCUUUUAUACAAAAAUAGCGAGGCCAAUUGCAUCGAACAACUCCGGAUUGUGCACGGAUUGGAGCGGGAUUAUUGUGACCCUUCGGAAGUAUUCGUUGAAUUGGUGACCAAGGUACCCAUGAAGUCCUUUGAAUUGACCGUGAAUAAGAUAGUGAUAAUGCUUACGAAGGACUUAGACUCGCUCGGUUGGGGAGGAGCUCUGCUGCAAUAUGUUGUCGUUAUAAUACUUGGCGUUUUAUUCCUGGUCGUAACAUGCUACGCUGCGAUCAACAUAGGUGGCCAAUGGCUAACCACAAGGACUCAACGAAGAGAAGCGCCACCGAUGCUAGGUGCUUUCCAACAUACUUCGCCACCGAUAACUAUAAAUUUCAAUGGCGAUCCACGCUUGGCUAAUAAUCGAAUUGAAAACAUAAACGAUGGUGCGGAAAAGGCGCCUGCACUAUCUGCACCAGCGCCAGCAGCAGCAGUCGAAGGAGGAAAAGAGGUGAAAAACGAAGAAAACUGCACAGGAGAUGGCUUUGUGAAGGUGCCCACACCUGAACCAGGUCAGCAGGGGGGAGUAUGCGAUUAUGAUGACAUGGAAGAAUCGAUAGAAGUGCUGGACGAUCCGAUGAUCGACAACUAACCGAAAAAGCAUUAAUUAGAUAGUUCUGUAAGAAUGUGUGUAUGUGUGCAAUAGGGCGGUUUAAAAUCUAAAAAUGUUUGAAAAUCCAAUAAAUUUUACACUGCCCUAGUGUGUUUUCUAUUACUAUUAGGCUAAUCAUACGUCUGUAAAACGAAUACGAUUAAUAAAAUGUAAAUUGUAAACUAAUACGUAAAUU